AUGGUCGUAAAACGUGCUGCGGACAGUGCGGAUUCACCAAUACUAGAAGAGGCCGGUGAGAGUGGCUCUGAACAAAAGCCAAAGCCUCUUGUUAAAUAUGGCGAACUCGUUAUUCUUGGGUACAAUGGAUUUCUUCCCGCGGGAGAACGUGGACGUCGUCGUAGCAAAUUCGUGCUCUACCGACGUCCACAGGCGAACGGCGUCCGUCGAUCGAAGCACUAUGUGGUGAAGACACCGCAUAGCAGUAAAGCUAUCCUCGAUGCAAGCCAACACUCAAUCUCGUACACACUCAGCCGCAGUCAAGCGGUUAUCGUCGAGUAUACAGAGGAUCCAGACACAGAUAUGUUUCAGAUUGGUAGGUCAUCAGAGUCACCAAUCGAUUUCGUAGUGAUGGACACAGUGGCGGGAGAUAAGAGCGGCGACACAAAGGUACUACAAAGUACGAUAUCACGGUUCGCUUGUCGAAUCAUCGCCGACCGCAACGACGUAAACAAUUGCCGCAUAUUUGCAGCAGGCUUUGACUCCUCUAGGAAUAUAUUCCUUGGCGAAAAAGCGACAAAAUGGUCAGAUAACCAUGAGAUCGAUGGUCUAACGACAAAUGGUGUGCUGAUAAUGCAUCCCCGAGGUGAUUUCUGUGGUGGCAGUGCAACUUGUGGGCCUUGGCGUGAAACUUCAGUCGGCGGGGCAGUGUUUUCCUUACGAGAAAGCCGAUCGGCACAGCAAAAGGGUCUGCCUUGUCAAGCGGAAACUAAUGUAUUAAGAGAUGGGACAAUGAUCGACUUGUGUGGGGCAACACUACUAUGGAGAAGUGCCGAAGGACUAAAGAAUUCACCUACAAAACGCGAUUUGGAAGCUCUUGUGGAUGAACUAAAUGCAGGGCGGCCGCAGUGCCCCGUGGGUCUCAAUACGCUGGUCAUACCUAGGAAACUGUCGUCUGCCCACCAGGACUUGAACCAGCCUUACGUUUACCUCAACUGUGGACAUGUUCAAGGCGAGCACUCUUGGGGCGCAGAAGGCAGUGAGACGGGUGUGCGGCGCUGCCCCAUGUGCAUGACGGCGGGGCCAGUGGUGCGCGUGUGCAUGGGCAUCGAACCCGCCUUCUACGUGGACUCUGGCCCACCCACGUAUGCCUUCAAUCCUUGUGGGCAUAUGGCUUCGGAGCGGACUGUCAAAUACUGGGCGAGUGUGGACAUACCGCACGGCACGAACGGCUUCCACGCGAUCUGUCCGUUCUGCGCGGCGCCUCUGCAGGGCACGCCCGGGUACGUGCGGCUCAUCUUCCAGGACAACCUCGAC